AUGUCGGCUCUCGACGAGAAACGCUCUCCCUCCGAGGAAAAGGUCACGGCUGACCGCCUCGCCACCGACGACGCCAGCUCCAACGAUGAGUCGCUCGUCCCCGUUCCCCAGGCCGUCCUGGACGAGUCCACGGUCAACAACCCGCUCGCUGGCAUCCCCAAGGCUCAGCUCUUGCGCGAUGUCGAGAUCUUUGCCCAGGAAAAGGGCCUCACCGACCACCUCGAGGGCCUUCAGCGUGGCGCCCUGCUCGCCCAACGUCCCGCCGACUUCCAGUCCAUCGAGGAGCUCCCUCAGGACGAGAAGGACGCCAUCGCCCACGAGUACUCGCACAAGUGGUCCCACCCCUUCCUCCUCUACAUGACCAUCUUCACCUGCUCCAUCGGCGCCGCCACCCAGGGUUGGGAUCAGACCGGAUCCAACGGUGCCAAUCUCAGCUUCCCCGUCGCCUUCAACAUCCCCGAGGCCGCCUCCGAAGGCAUCGCUCCCGGCGCUCCCGGCUACGUCUCGGCCGCGCUCGCAGAGAGGAACCAGUGGAUCGUCGGCAUCGUCAACGCCGCCCCUUACAUCGCCAGUGCCAUGAUCGGAUGCUGGCUCUCGGACCCGCUCAACAACCUCUUCGGCCGCCGAGGAUGCAUCUUUAUCACCGCCGUCAUCCUCGUCGUCACCCCCAUCGCCUCGGGCUUCACCCAAAACUGGUGGGAGCUCUUCAUCGUCCGUCUCCUCCUCGGAAUCGGCAUGGGCGCCAAGGGAUCCACCGUCCCCGUCUUUGCAGCCGAGAACUCGCCUGCACAGAUCCGUGGUGCCCUCGUCAUGGGCUGGCAGCUCUGGACCGCAUUCGGUAUUUUCCUCGGUUUCAUUGCAAACGUCGUUGUCGCCGACACGGGCGACAUUUCGUGGCGUCUGCAGCUUGGAUCCGCCUUCAUCCCAGCGCUGCCCCUCGCCAUCCUCAUCUACUUCUGCCCCGAAUCGCCCCGCUGGCUCAUGAAGAAGAACCGAUACCCGCAGGCGCUCCGCUCGCUCAUCCGCCUCCGACACAACAAGGUCCAGGCCUACAGGGACCUCUACUACAUCCACGUCAACCUCCUCGAGGAGGCCAAGAUCAUCCGCGGCGAAAACUACGUCGCGCGCUUCAUGGAGCUCUUCACGAUUCCCCGUGUUCGUCGUGCCACCGUCGGUGCUACCGUGGUCAUGCUUGCGCAGCAAAUGUGCGGUAUCAACAUCGUCGCCUUCUACUCGUCGACCAUCUUCAAGGAGGGAGGCUUCAGCUCCAAGGAGGCUCUGUACGCCUCGGUCGGAUUCGGAGCGGUCAACUUCCUGUUUGCGUUCCCUGCGCUCGUCACCAUCGACACGUUUGGUCGACGAAGCCUGCUGCUCUCCACCUUCCCGCAGAUGGCAUGGACGCUGCUCGCCGCCGGUCUUUGCUUCCUCAUCCCGGGCGAGACCAGCAAGACGCGCAUUGGACUCGUCGCCCUGUUCGUCUACCUCUUUGCCGCCGUGUACUCGGUCGGCGAGGGUCCCGUUCCGUUCACGUACUCGGCCGAGGUCUUCCCGCUUGCUCAGCGUGAGCAGGGUAUGGCUUGGGCUGUGGCGACGUGUUUGUUCUGGGCAGCCGUGCUCAGUAUCACCUUCCCGCGAAUGCUUCGUGUCAUGACGCCCACUGGUGCGUUCGGCUUCUACGCCGGUCUCAACCUAUGCGCCUUUGUGCUCAUCUGGCUCUUUGUGCCCGAAACGGCUAGGUACACGCUCGAGGAACUCGAUGCCGUCUUCAGCGUGCCUCACGCCAAAUUCAUCAAGCACCAGAACACAAAGACGCUCCCCUACUGGUUCAAGACGACCAUCCUCAGGCAGAAGAUCGCCCGCCCCGAACCGCUCAUCCGGCUCGACAACAACUUGGUCGGCGCCGGCGAGAAGCGCGUCGACCCUUCCAUGGCCUAA